CAAACUAAUCUAUACAUUUUUGAAUGACACGUUUUCUUCUGUGUCAGCCAUCAGUCCAGCACUAGCUAGUACCUAACCAGUUUUGCAACUUGCAGUCUCACUUGGAGAUUUUGAGUAAUUCAAAAAUGGAUGAUCAAAUAGUCGAUGAGGAUGACACUAAUAGCUGUGUGGUGAACAUUUAUCCAUUAAGGGGUAACUACUUUGGAUCAAAAGAUGCUAUUCUUCCUAAACACCAUAUCUACUUUGAUCAAUUACAGAAAUUGAAAUCCAUUUAUUCAACAAAUGGGAUGAGGGUUUGUGUGGAAGCAGUUAUGUUGGUUGAAUUGUUUAAACAACCUCAUUUGCUAGUGUUGCAAAUGAGAAAUUCUUUCUUUAAGCUUCCUGGUGGUCGAUUAAGACUCGGUGAAUCAGAGAUCGAAGGACUAAAGCGCAAACUCUCAAACAAGCUAUCAGUAAAUGGAAACGGAGUUGAUGACAAUUGGGAGGUAGGAGAGUGUCUUGGAACAUGGUGGAGAUCUGACUUUGAAACUUCCUUAUGCCCAUUUUUGCCUCCUCACAUGAAGAGCCCCAAAGAAUGCUUAAAGCUCUUUCUUGUGAGAUUUCCAAUGAACAAGAGUUUCGUUGUUCCAAAAAAUCAAAAGCUUCUGGUAUUGCCACUUUUCCAAGUUCAUGACAAUUUUAAGACCUACGGCCAGAUUGUUUCGGAAGUUCCAAGUUUCCUAUCAAGAUUUUCCUUCAACAUGAAUAAUGUUUGAAAUCCUUCUGCUCCCUCGCUACUAUGGUGCGUUAAACGACAUGAAAUGUUUUCAGGAGUCAAAAAUGGAACAUGAGUUUGAUUGGAAAAAAAAUGAAGCAAAGAAUGUACGAGCAUGACCACUGAGUCAGUUGUUGAGGUUUGCCAAAAAUAUUUUUUUGUGAAAGAGCUGGACCAAGCUGAUGAGCAACCCAAGUGCUCGGUGUUUCCAUGAUAUGGUGUUGUCAAGGUGGGGUACAAUAUUGCUUGGUUGCCACUUUUUGGCCAAUUUUAGAGUUGGUGGAACUUAUUAGAUAUGCCUAGCCAUAUUAACUUUGAAAAUUUGAAUGUUCGGACUUGUACUUGGUUAUCACCUUCGUAUAUA